AUUUACUGUCUUCAUUUUAGAUAUGAUGGAAGUGAAAGAGGAGAGUCAAGCUGAAGUGGAUGAAAAACAUCAGAUUGUAAAAAUAAACCAUAAUGUUUCACAGAAAGAAACUCUGAAGACAGAAGACAUAAAGUGUGAAAAUAGUUUCAGAGAAGAUGAACGCCCUGCAGAUCACAAGAGGACUCACAGUGAGAAGAAACCUUUCACAUGUCAACAGUGUGGAAAGAGUUUCAGAAGAAAAGCUCACCUUAAAGCACACAUGAGGAUUCACACUGGAGAGAAACCUUUCACAUGUCAACACUGUGGAAAGAGUUUCACCUUUAAAGCGAACCUUAUCCGGCAUAUGAAAACUCACAGUGAGGAAAAACCUUUCAGAUGUCAACAGUGUGAAAAGAGUUUCACCUUUCAAUCAGGUCUUAUCAGGCACAUGAAAAUUCACAGUGAGAAGAAGCCUUUCAGAUGUCAACAGUGUGGAAAGAGUUUCAGAAGAAAAUGUCACCUUAAAGCACACAUGAGGAUUCACACCGGAGAGAAACCACACGUGUGCCAUCACUGUGGGAAGAGUUUUAAAACUGCAUGUGAAGUAAAGAUGCAUUCAAGAAUUCACACUGGAGAGGAACCUUACAUGUGUCAUCUGUGUGGAAAGAGUUUCAGAGUUGAAUGUAGCCUUAAGAUACAUGCAAGAAUUCACACUGGAGAGAAACCGUUCUCUUGCCAUGAGUGUGAUAAAGGUUUUAGAAGUAAAAGUAGCCUUAUAACACACAUGAAAAUUCACAAAGGAGAGAAACCUCACGCGUGUUUUCACUGUGGAAAGAGUUUUAUUGUGGAGUAUCAACUUAAGAGACACAUGAAAACUCACAGCGAAAAGAAACCUCAUGCAUGUCUUCAGUGUGAAAAGAGUUUCAUAGAUAAACGUGGACUUGAGAUUCACAUGAGAAGUCACACUGGAGAGAAACCUUACAUAUGCUCUCAUUGUGAAAAGGGUUUUACAAGUGAAGGCGCUCUUAAGAAACACAUGAAAGUUCACACUGGAGAGAAACCGUUCACUUGUCAACACUGUGGAAAGAGUUUUACAGUAAAACGUGAUCUUAAUGCACAUGUGAGAAUUCACACUGGAGAGAAACCAUACGUGUGUCAUCAGUGUGGAAAGAGUUUUGGGACAAAACCAAACCUUAAAGUACAUUUGAUCACUCACACUGAAGAGAAACCGUUCUCAUGCCAUGAGUGUAAAAAGAGUUUCAAAACAAAAGCUUAUCUUAAAAAACAUGCAAAAUGUCACCCUCAAUAGUGUCAACAGUGUGAAUAUGGCAACAAAGUUUAGAAGUCAGCUGAGGUCUUAUUAAAGGAGUGGUGAAUAAAACAGACUUGAUAAUUUGUUAUAUAAGAGGUCAUCAUACUUAAAUGAACAUCCUGCAAGUUUCAGAACUGAAAAUGUCCUCUUAAUUGAAAUAUAACCGUUUUUGUCACCAAGCCAAGUAAAUGGUCGGUUCAGGAAUGUGCUGAAAUGUGACGUCAAAUUAGAAUUUAAACACCUCCUCCACACUCAAAAUGUCAACGACCACUUUCAGCUUUGCGUGACACACGUUUGGACCAGGGGCAAAGCAAACGUAUGCACUCAACAAUGUGUAUGUCUCAACAAUCAGUAAACAUGUCUUUUAAAGAUUGCCAAAUGUAACCAGAUUGACUUAAAUACAUUUUUCCUGAGAGACUUUUAUUUUGACUCAGUGAUCUGUUAUGAA